UUUUGACUCGUGACCCGAGUACGAAGUUUCAAAAAUUAUGUAUACAAAAAACCAAUCAAGUUAGUACGAUUGCUUGUUUCACUAGAUUCAUUUGGCACUGAAUUUACCGCAUCUUUUAUUUAAAAGGUUUAGAAACUCAGUUAGUCUUUUGCAUAUAUACAAAAUCCGAACACACCAAAUGGCAGACUCAGGAUCAGCCGGUGGACGAGGAAGAGGUGGUUUUGGACGUGGAGGUAGAGGUGGGAGAGGAAGAGGCAGAGGGCGUGGAGGACGCGGUCGUGGAGGUAAAUCUGAAGACAAAGAGUGGACCCCUGUUACUAAACUUGGUCGACUCGUUAAAGAUCUCAAAAUUAAAACACUAGAGCAAAUUUAUUUGUACUCCUUACCUAUUAAAGAGUUUGAAAUAAUAGAUUUCUUUUUGGGACCUUCCCUAAAAGAUGAAGUACUUAAAAUUAUGCCAGUUCAGAAGCAAACACGUGCUGGACAGAGAACACGCUUCAAAGCUUUUGUUGCUAUUGGUGACUAUACUUGUCAUGUUGGUCUUGGAGUAAAAUGCUCAAAAGAGGUCGCAACAGCUAUAAGAGGUGCUAUAAUUCAAGCUAAACUUUCUAUCAUACCAGUUCGACUUGGGUAUUGGGGUAAUAAAAUAGGUAAACCCCAUACAGUUCCAUGCAAGGUUACUGGAAAAUGUGGUUCAGUUACUGUUCGAUUAAUUCCAGCUCCACGUGGAACUGGAAUUGUUGCAGCUGGUGUUUCUAAGAAACUUCUAUUGAUGGCUGGUGUUGAAGACUGUUAUACAUCAGCUUGUGGAACAACUGCCACUGUUGGAAACUUUGCAAUGGCUACAUAUUUGGCUAUUUCUCGAACCUAUUCUUAUUUGACUCCUGAUAUGUGGACAGAAACUACUUUUGGAAAGACGCCCUAUCAAGAACACACAGAUUAUUUGGCGAAAAAUCAUAAUGUUGAUGGACGCCCUCUAUUAUCUGCUCCCUUGUUAUCUGCUUAAUUUCAAUGCUAUAUAUUCCUUUGUUGUUUUCUUUUUAAAUGUAAUAUCAAGUUAAAUCUCUGUAAAUUACUACAACAAAAGGUAUUAUACCAAAACACUUAA